UGUGUCGGUGUAGCAACGCUGUGAAAAUCAUUCAGCACGUUUUUGUAUUCGUCCUAAUGUCACAAUGUGUUGUGGAAUACGAGUUGAGCUGGUUGGCUAGCUGUACUGACAUGAAGUACAUCUUCGCAACAGGUCGUGACGAAGAUUUUGUUGGUAUGGAGAAUGAUACCUUACCAGACUUUGCUCAGUUGGAACACUUCAUCAACAGCGAGAACGACGAACACAGCGACUAUUUUGCUGACACGCUUGCAAACCAAGAAGCGUCCCGACACAAUGAACCAAUUGUUUCUUCGGCAAUGGUCUCUUCCUGUGAUGUCGUUGUUGAUUCAUCAGAUCUGAUAGGGGCACACCGGCCACUUUCCAAUGCAUCAAGACAUAGCACGUUGACCAAUUUUAGUAACCACAACCACCAACACCGGUCUCGUAUUAGUGAAACUCUAAGGACUAGGGUACAAGAAAGACAGUACGGUGCCGGGGUCGGGACGUCCAUCUCCUGCGGUGCUUACCAAAUAUCGCACGGACUACCUGAUAGUCCACCAGACUCGGCGUCUGAACCACCAUAUUCACCCCCGGAAACGAAUCGCUCCUGCUCUAGUAUCGGAAACUCGCCUUUAGAUGACCAUGGUGCCAGUCAGCGCUAUGCCUUUCCUGCCGACACAUAUGGUUCGAUUUUUGGCACUAGCCUUGAUCUCAAGAGCGACUUGAUUAAUUCCCAGCAGCAACACCAAUCACCAGUCGGCUACGUGGGACCGGCUUCUAAUCUACAGCCUCACGGUCUUCAUAACUUGUUGUCUGCUGGUGCACAGGGAAGUCCUGGAACUAGCUCUGUCGUACCAUCACUUUCGGUCGGCUUGAGCAUGAGAUCUUGCGUGAAUUCCAGCGCUGCGCCUUCGAUUUACACCAUUGAAGAUCAUACAGGAAAUAGCCCGCUCAUCAACCUGGCACCUUUGAGUAGUCUGUCGGACAAGAAUUGUAGCGCUGGCGAAAAUGACGUCAUUCCGCCCAGUAGGACUGUCCAGCAGAAAAAGCGAAAGCUCUCGAUGACUGAAUGUUUCCCCAUCGGAGAAAAGGCAUUGGGUGCGACAAGUACUUCGCCGAGAGUCAAACAAGAACCACAGCCUUCUCCUGGAUCACUGGCCACAAGUCCACGUCAAAUAUCGGUUGUAGGUUCUGAUGAGGAUUACAGCUACGAGUUUAGUGCCGACAGUAGCAUGUUCAACGACAGCUACCAAUGCAUCCGUUUCCAGGCUUUCCAGCAAAACACUUGGCAUUUGCUUUUCGAUGGCAACUUUAAAGAGCUGCCAUUGCCGAAUUAUCGUGUUGAUGCUGACAAAGGUUUCAACUUUUCCAAUACUGACGAUGCUUUUGUUUGUCAAAAGAAAAAUCAUUUCCAGAUAACGUGCCACGUGCAGCAGAGUGGAGAGCCAUAUUACGUGAAAACUACAGAAGGACUCAAGAAGGUCGACAACUUUUACUUGCAUUUUUUUGGAGUCAAAGCGGAAGCGCCAAAUCAAAUGAUUCGAGUUGAGCAAUCACAAAGCGACCGCAGCAAAAAACCUUUCCACCCUGUCCUCUUGGAAUUACAACAAGAUCAAGUAUCCAAAAUCACGGUGGGUAGACUGCACUUUAACGAAACGACGGCCAACAAUAUGCGGAAGAAAGGCAAACCCAAUCCGGACCAGCGCUUUUUUAAUCUUGUCGUCAGCCUUCAGGCACACUGUGGUGACGCUACGUUUACUGUCAUAGCUCAUUCGUCUGAGCGCAUCAUUGUACGGGCUUCAAAUCCAGGCAUGUUUGAAAAUGAGGUGGAACAAAAUUGGCAACGAGGAACGUUUUCUGAUUCCAUUUUUCACGCUGGACGAGUUGGAAUUAAUACAGAUCGACCUGAUGAGGCCUUGGUGGUUCACGGUAAUCUUAAAAUUACCGGCCACUUGGUUCAACCGUCUGAUCGGAGAGCAAAGGAAGGCAUCGAAGAGGCGGAUACCAAGGAACAGCUGCGUAAUGUUCAAGCCUUACGUGUCGUUCACUAUAAGUACACUGAAGAAUUCUCCAAGACUGCUGGACUAAAAGAAGACGAACGUGGAGACACAGGUGUCAUUGCCCAAGAAGUCGAGUCCAUCCUUCCCGAUGCAGUUAGACCUGCCGGCAAUAUCGUUCUGCCUGACGGUAGACAAAUAGAAAAUUUCUUGGUUGUUAACAAGGAACGCAUUUUUAUGGAGAACGUUGGCGCUGUCAAAGAGCUAUGCAAAGUAACGGAUAACCUGGAAACCCGCAUAGACGAAUUGGAACGGAUGAAUCACAAACUGGCCAAACUGAAACGCCUCGAUAGCAUUCGCUCUUCGGCUAGUGGAUCAACAGUGAGCAACGUUAUGUCCAGUGUGAGUCGCCAUCGUAAACCUUGUGGCAAAUUUUCACCUUCUGAGAGAAACCCGAUUUGUGCAAAUCGAGUAAUCCAAGCUACGGUCAUCAUUUUGGUUAUGAUCAUGGCCCUAUGCUUAAUUGCCAUGGCUACACUGUACAUCCUCGAGUGGCAGAAGCGAAAUACGGACAUCUUGUUAGCUGAAACCAGUGGACAGAGAACGACUUCAGAAUUCCACACCGUGCUCAACUAUACAGAUCCAUCGUUGGACUACGUUUACUUACCUGAUGGUGAUCCAAUUUCUCAUGCGGAAAAUAAGACUUUCAAACCUCCAGACGUGACUACUACAUUGUCAACUAGUAAUUCUACAACUAUCAGCGUCAUUAGCUCUUCGCGUAGCAUUCUUUUGCCCGCGAAGCAAGAUGGAGUCGCUAGCAAUUUGACAUCGCGCUUCUAUACGUCUUUGACUAGUAGCAAACCUGAAGUCGUUGGUAGACCCGACGCAUGCGUAGCCACCGUCUCCUGCCAGAUCUACUGCUGCGCAAGUACUGCAUCAGGGAUUGCAACUACACAAGUUUGGACGAGCAUAACUACUCCGCGAAAUGACAUGCAAAAUGAAAGCACUGCUACAGAGCGCCCUCUUGUCACGUCCGCCACCAAUGAUGUAUCUAGCCAUUCGCCACCUGACGACGAGCUGGCCAAUAACGUCGAACAUUUUGAAAGCCAGGAAAGGAAAACUCACAACUUUGGAGGCCCUAGCGAUCUUUCGGGUGGCUUCAAUUUAAGAGAAAUCAAUAGACAGUUCAAUCUACAGAAGCAGCGAGACAAGAAAACUGGUCGUAUUCCCCGCCAGAAGCGCCAUUUGUUAACUCAAACACGAGAAUUCGGUUUCCGGGGUUCUACGGACGGUGAUUUCACACCAGCACGUUCUCACGUUCCCAGCGUCAAGCCCCCGUCUCAGGCGACAACCUGGGAUGGACGAGUCAGCUACAUACGCUUGGUGGGCUCCAACUUUAAUACAACACUGGGACCAAGCUACUGCAUGCCCAACAGUGACGAGUAUAUCCGAUGCCUCAAUGGUGACGCAGUCAACUACACGUACGGUAUACCGCUCAGCAAGCACAUGCCCGAUCGCAGUUUGACCCUACAAUUUCAUUUCACCAACAGCUUCAGUCUCCAGCCGGAUCAAUGCACGUCUCCUGUGCGUUUGGGUGCCUGUCCCGAUGGCCAGUGGGACCCGAUGGGAGCUAAUAGCAUUCAGCGGGGCCCCACUCUUAACCAUGUCGACUCGGUAGCCCGCACGUUCUUCAUUGAUGUUGGUCGUUCCUCAAUUGUGGCUUACCGCUUCCGUUUCCCUGUUCUUAGAGGGGACACAGUGGAUUUGUGCAGCAAACCGAAUACUUCAGCGGGAGGAGAAUACGUUGAAUAUAACUUGGUAUUCUACCGAGUCUGCGGAGAUUGAGUGUCUAACGUGAACGUGGUUUAGCUCUUUGAAAAUAAGCCUAACAGUUAACUACUACCUAGUGUCAAAGUUUAUGAAAAGUGAAUUAAAAUGCGUCGAUAAUAGACUGACAGUAAAUGGGAUGCAAUCAACAAUUGUCUCACAAAUGAGACCCCUUUCCGCGUGACAUUUCUUCGUCUAAAGGAAAUUCCUGAUUUUAAUUUGAGACAUCAUAUCUCAACUAUUCAAUUUCAGAAAGAAACCAUUCAUGCAACUUCAAUUUUUCAUUACAUCUUUUGCCAUUGUCGCUUUUUUUUUUACCCCCUCGCAAUCUCACUGUCCCCUUUUUUUUUCUUUAUUACACACAUAUUUACAUAUUUCAAUACUCAUGCUCCCGCCGUAUGAGAAAUUCGUGAAUUUUAGAAGCGGUUAGCAACUGGAUUUUACCCUAUUUUGUAUCCUGCUUUUUUUUAUUAUUAUUAUUUUGUCAAGUACCGUACCAGGUGUGCCAAUCGCUUCUGUUAACUUUUUAACCUUUAUUGCAAAAAUGCAUAUAUCCUUUAACAAGCAUAAUAUCCCGUAAAUUUUCGCUUGUUCAUGGAUGCCUCUGGACCCAAUUUAUUAACUGUUUUAAUGCCUGAUGUAUCGAUGUUAUGUGUCUCUCUUCUCUGUUUCUGAAAAUCGUUAAUAGUAUGUUGUCAGGAAGCAUUGAUUUUUAGUUGUCAAAUGUGCGUUCUUCUCCCUCAUAUCUCUUCAUAGACUGUAGAAUUCUUCUCCUAGAUUCACCGUAUUCAGCCAGACUACAUAACAUGUACACUGUACACGAUUCGCAUACUUUGAUGACAAAAUCCGCAUAACACAAUCGGCUGGUCAAAGAAAACCAGAUGUCGCUAGUACUGGGCUUUUCAUAGCUGUAGUCUAUGUAAGACGUAGAUGACCUUAAUUUUUGUUUCUUAACAAACGGAUUUUGUUUCUUAGAUCGCUAUCGUGUGUAGUAGACGUAAACCCAAAAUAUAUAAUACAUAUGAUACAGUACAUAUAUGCUUUUGUAUUAAGAGCCUUAAAAGCUACCUACCCUGACAUGGUUUCUAAGCUCUGUCGUUUCCUGUUUUUCUUUCUUUAACUUGGCCUUUCCAGUUUAUCCGUCCAUUAUGUAUGUGUAGUUUUCACGGUGUAGCGUUUUGUCUAUCUGUGUAGCAUGCACAACAAAUAUACCAGGUGAUUUCAAAUA